CUACACACCCCGCAAAAAAAAAUACUGAACUACACUUUGUCACUCCUUUUUUUUUAAUUUAGCACAGAAGACUGGUUCGGAGUAAUGUCAGCUCGCGUCGCUAUAGCCUCUAGGAGCGAGCUGCAUGCAUGAUUCGUCCAAAUGCACCAAUCUUGAGCUCGUACUUCGUUAUCACGCUGAUGGGCAGUACGUCAGUGCAGAGAUUGUCUGAGUAAACUCCAGAGCAGGCUGCAUUUUCCUUUCUUAGAUGAUGCUUUCAUGAUGAGCAAACCGUUCUGUUUCCCCACAUUGUUAAUCGAGCGCCCAGGCCAAGUCAAUCCAAAUAGUAUUUACUAAACUGUGUUACUUGUUUCUGUCUGCUAUAUAACUCAUACACAAGUCAUUUGUACCAGAUGCGAAGCCUCUUAGUUUUAGCAUGAUUGCUUCCGAACAUUGCAGGAACCGAUGAAUACCAUGGUGAUCAGCUUCAGUUGCUCGGCAAGUAGAAAAGCGACGUGGAUCUUGGCUUUGUUGUUCAUGAUGAGUCGAGUCCAUGGCCAGUCUACUAGGGGAUUCGUAAGCGUUGAUUGUGGACUGACAAACAGCAGCGCCUACAAUGAUGGUAUCACAAAUAUACGGUUUGAUUCUGACCGUGGAUAUGUCGCUGGCGGUUUGAGCCACACAAUUUUGGCAGAGUACAUGGUUGGUUCAGAUGAGCAACAAAAAACCCUGAGGAGCUUCCCUGACGGUUCACGAAAUUGCUAUACACUGCCAUCCACUUUUGGUAAGAAGUUCCUGUUGAGGGCCACAUUUACUUACGGCAACUACGAUGGGUUGAACAGGACUCUGGAUGGAUCGCCAUUUCUAUUUGGGCUCCAUAUUGGUGUCAAUUUCUGGGAUACGGUGAACUUGACAAAUUGGGAUCCAUCGCUCACAGUCUGGAAGGAGGUGCUCACCGUUGCUCCGGGCAACUCGGUGUCGGUCUGUCUGAUAAACUUCGGUUCAGGGACUCCGUUCAUGUCUGCUCUAGAGCUGAGGCCACUGCUAGAUGCGAUGUACCCUUUUGUGAAUACUUCCGUAUCAGUCGGCUACUUUAGACGAAUCAGAUUUGGUGAAGCCACUGAAUAUAUCACAAGGUAUCCAGUGGACCCUUACGACCGGUUCUGGGAGGGCUGGUCUUUCUCAUACAACACCUACCCCUGGAUCAACCUGAACACUAGCAGUCAAGUAGAGAUUCUCCCGGGCGACGACUACUUCAAUGUGCCGAUGGCCAUCUUCCAGAAGGCCACGACCCUAGACACGAACUACUCCUUCAUCGUGAUUAACGCGUCACUGGGUCCCAAUGUGGUUCCCGAGAGCGUCCGUCUUCUCCCGAUCUUCCACUUUGCUGAAAUCAAUGGUAACAACAUGCAGAGAAGCUUUGACAUCUACAACGCCGAUGAUGUACUACAUCGGGGCUUCUCCCCGUCGCGAUUGCAGGCCAGUAGUUUGUACAACAGUGGGCAGUUCUUGUAUAAUGGCGACGCAGUGUACACCCUGAACAAGGCGCGCGGCUCGAGCCUCCCCCCGCUCAUCAACGCGUUUGAGGUGUACUCACUCCUUCGGAUGGAAAACUUCACCACUGACUCCGAGGAUGUCAAUUACAUGAAACAAGUAAAAGCACACUACAAUUUGACAAGAAUAGACUGGAACGGAGAUCCAUGCUCCCCAAGAGAGUAUACCUGGGAAGGUUUGACUUGCGGCUACUCCAGUAGCAACAAGAAUCCGAGGAUUGUCCGAGUAAAUAUGUCUAGCAGCGGACUGGGAGGUGGAUUAGCCAUAUCACUUUUGAACAUGACAUCACUGGAAAAUUUGGAUUUAUCAAAUAACAAUCUGGUGGGCACCAUUCCAGACUGUCAAAUAAAGUCACUAGCAGUUCUUAAUUUGGCAAAUAACAAGCUCGAGGGACCAAUCCCCAGUUAUAUUCUUCGAAGAUUCCAGGCCGGUCUGCUAGACUUAAGACUAGAAGGCAAUCCCAUAUGCUCAAAAGUAAAAGAUAUGUACUGUUCAAAUAAGAAGAAGCACACCACACCUACCGUGCUCAUCGCAGUGAUAGUUCCAGUGGUAUUGGUAUCCCUCCUAGUAGUGAUGUGCAUACUCUGGAAAUUAUGCCAUAAAGGGAACUCGGGAGACUACGAGGACUAUGCUACAUAUGAAGAGGAAACUCCCCUACACAUUGAUAUCAGACGGUUCACAUAUGCAGAGCUGAAGCUCAUGACUAAGGACUUCCAAUCAAUCAUUGGAAAAGGAGGUUUCGGUAUUGUUUACCAUGGCAUACUGGAAAAUGGUGAUGAAGUAGCUGUUAAGGUGCUUAUGGAGACAUCAAUAGCAAAGUCAACAGACUUCCUCCCCGAGGUGCAAACAUUGUCUAAAGUCCAUCACAAGAAUCUCGUGACUUUGGAAGGAUAUUGCCAAAACAAGAAAUGCCUAGCACUCGUUUAUGAUUUCAUGCCCAGAGGAAAUCUCCAACAGCUUCUUAAAAGAGAUGACCAUAGUUUGAAUUGGGAACAGCGAGUUCAUAUUGCACUUGAUGCUGCACAAGGACUGGAGUAUUUACAUGAGUCAUGCACCCCAGCAAUAGUUCACAGAGAUGUGAAAACCCCCAACAUCCUUCUGGACAAGAACCCGGUGGGGAUAAUAUCUGAUUUCGGGCUUUCACGGGCCUUUAAUGAAGCUCAUACACACAUAUCUACUGUUGCUGCUGGCACUCUUGGCUACCUUGACCCCGAGUACCAUGCAACUUUCCAACUCACUGUCAAGGCAGAUGUUUACAGCUUUGGGAUCGUACUCUUGGAGAUCAUCACUGGCCAGCCCCCGGUACUGGUCGACCCUCAAACCAUCCAUCUAAUAAACUGGACACGCCAAAAGAUUGCUACAGGCAGUAUUCACGAUGUUGUGGACAAGAGGUUGAUGGAUCAGUACGAUGCCAGUUCCCUGCAGAGUGUGGUAGACCUUGCCAUGAACUGCAUCGAAAACGCAGCCAUCAACAGGCCGACCAUGACUGAGGUUGUUUCAAGGCUCAAAAUGUGCUUGCCUGCGGUUCCAAGGUUGUUCCAGUUAACGAUUUCUGGAGUUCCAACGAUAAGCAACGAGGGGAACUUCCAGUCUGAUCAUGCUGGCAGGAUGUCAGAGACAAGCCUCUUAUCUGGACGGUGAAAGGGAAACGUCUAUCGUGUUAUUGUUGCAUUUGCAUCUGUGUAGAUAAUGUUUGGUAAUUUGCUUAACUGGCAUCGUCAUUGAUCGUCCAUAGACUGGAAUUCAGUAAUUAUCAUAUUCGGUUUCAAAUACUGCUCGUUUAGAGCAUCUCCAGCCGUUGGCCCCCCAGGGGGCGCGUAAAAUCGCCGCCUG